AGCAUUUGAAAAUACUAUUUUACAUAGCAAUAGUAAAGUUUAUGAUGUACAAAAUACAGCAAUCAGACAGACUAAACAUUUACAGUGAACAUACCAAAGAUUUAAAUUUUUGACAGGUGUAAGACAGUACAUUAAUAGAAUGUAGUCAUACUUGCGGUGUCCUUAACCUCUUGAGAAAUUUAAGGCUGUAGGGUGAACCUGUGGAGAGGAAAGAUAGUGACUGCUGGGGAGAAGAAUGCAGGAAGUAUCAAAAGGCUUGUUGAUGUGAGACUGGUGACAAAAUCACCAUUGUGUUGAAGUAGGUCUAACGUUAGUCCCUCGGACUUUGGGGGAGACGGAUAGGAAACUGGCCAGCUGGAAUCAAGUGUACAAAACAUUGUUCAAGUGUUGGGCAAAAACCACCACAGUAAGAACUGGAGUGCAACUGGGCUACCUUAUCUUUAGCACAGAGAACUGAAAAUCCAUGAUUUUUCACAUACCUUGUAUCCUUCCUUUUUCUGAAACGACUUAACAUCUGCCAUUCACACUGAAGAAGGGAAUUGCUGCCAAAUGCCAGAGGAGAUUUGGAAUCUCCAUAUAGCCGCAAUGGCAACGUCAUCUGAAGAAGUGUUACUGAUUGUAAAGAAGGUACGUCAGAAGAAGCAGGAUGGAGCUCUCUACCUUAUGGCUGAAAGGAUAGCAUGGGCACCUGAAGGCAAAGACCGAUUCACAGUCAGCCAUAUGUAUGCAGACAUAAAAUGCCAGAAAAUCAGUCCAGAAGGUAAAGCUAAAAUUCAGCUUCAGCUAGUAUUGCAUGCAGGGGACACAACCAACUUUCACUUCUCCAAUGAAAGCACAGCAGUGAAGGAGCGAGAUGCGGUAAAGGAUCUUCUUCAACAACUGUUGCCUAAGUUCAAAAGGAAAGCUAAUAAAGAACUUGAGGAGAAGAACAGAAUGCUGCAAGAAGAUCCUGUUUUGUUUCAGCUCUAUAAAGACCUUGUUGUGAGCCAAGUAAUCAGUGCUGAAGAAUUCUGGGCCAACCGUUUAAGCCUGAAUGCAGGGGAUAAUUCUGCAGCACCUAGUAAGCAGGAUGUGGGCAUCUCUGCAGCAUUUCUGGCUGAUGUACGGCCUCAAACAGAUGGCUGCAAUGGUCUGAGGUAUAAUUUGACUUCAGAUAUCAUUGAAUCCAUAUUUCGAACAUAUCCUGCAGUAAAAAUGAAAUAUGCAGAAAAUGUUCCACAUAACAUGACAGAGAAGGAAUUCUGGACACGAUUUUUUCAGUCUCAUUAUUUCCAUCGGGACAGGCUCAAUACAGGCUCAAAAGACCUCUUUGCAGAAUGUGCCAAACUGGAUGAAAAAGGGUUAAAAACAAUUGUGUCUCAAGGAGUAAAAAACCCCCUGAUAGAUUUAACUGCUUUGGAAGAUAAAACAUUAGAUGAAGGCUAUGGUGUUGCUUCUGUGGCCUCUACAUCAAAUGCCUCAAAAUCUGCUAGAGAAAGUAGCAACGCUGCCAUUAUAAAACGCUUUAAUCAUCAUAGUGCCAUGGUCCUUGCAGCUGGCCUCAGGAAACAAGAAGCACAAAAUGACCAUUACAGUGAGACCAGCAGUACGGAUGGAAACUCCAGGGAUUCAGAUUUCUUUCAGCCACCAAUGAAAAAGGUGAAACUCCAGGAGUCCAUUGAAUAUGAAGAUUUAGCAAAGAAUAAUAGCAUUAAAACUAUUGCACUAAACUUAAAGAAGUCUGAUAGGUAUUAUCAUGGUCCAACUCCAAUUCAAUCACAGCAAUAUGCAACCAGUCAGGAUAUAAUUAAUUCUUUCCAUAGUAUUAGGCAAGAAAUGGAAACAUAUGUACCCAAACUAACUCAGGUUCUUUCAAGUGGUGAUGCUACUAGCACUAUUGCAGUCCUAUCACCUGGAGGAGCACUUAUGCAGGGUGGAACACAGCAAGCCAUAAACCAGAUGGUGCCAAAUGACAUUCAGUCUGAACUAAAACAUUUGUAUGUAGCAGUAGGGGAACUGCUACGACACUUCUGGUCCUGCUUUCCUGUUAACACACCAUUCCUAGAAGAAAAGGUUGUGAAAAUGAGGAGCAACCUGGAAAGAUUUCAGGUUACAAAGCUCUGCCCAUUCCAAGAAAAGAUUCGGAGACAGUAUUUAAGCACAAAUUUGAUAAGUCAUAUAGAAGAGAUGCUGCAGACGGCCUACAAUAAGUUCCAUACAUGGCAGUCCCGGCGUAUGCUGAAGAAGACGUGAAAAUGCAUGCUGUACAGGUUUGAGAGCAAAAUCUGCAAUAGGUAUAGGAGUACAACCUAGCAUACGUGCAGAUCUUAUAGUUGUUGCAGGAAGACCUGCAAGCUGUGGACUUCUGGAAACGAUGUUAACUGAACUUGCACAUUUUUGAAAAAGAACUUGAGAUUAAACUUGAAAACUAGGGAGAAAAAAAAACAAGGAAGAACCAAAACAGAAGAGCUGAGACGCAAAAAUAUUUAAAAAGACACUGUUUACUGCAGUUACUCAGGAACUGCUUUUGAUUUGCUUAAAGAGCUGCUUUCAGAAAUAAAAAAUUUAAAGAGGGUGUAUUAAUAAAAUCUGUUUUUCUGUCUAAUUUUUUUUUUUUUUAAGAAAUGUAUGGCACAGGGUAGAACUCAAAAGUUUUUCUUCACUGGAUUCUGACAUUUUAUUGAAUUCUGUUUGUACUUUCUGCAACAGUUUAACAAUGAUAUUUUAAAAUAUAGCUGAGACUGGUUUUGCUUCAAACAUCUGGGAGAGCAUAGCUGUCUGAAGACAAGCUUCUGCCAUAUGUUUCCCCACCAAUUGGAAGCAAGAGACAUUGCACUGAAAGCUGUUUAUGGUCUGGGGUCCCUAAAGGCACAUGGGGGCAAACUUUUGCCUGAAGUCUUGGAUUUUUAUGCAGAAUUUUUUCAGCCAUCAGUUUUGCAUGUUUUCCUUUGAGUGCAAGUGUGUGCUACUGCAGUUUUUUUUUUACGGUGGCAUUUGUUCUGAGGAGAGAAUGCAUUUUUAAAAAUGAAGUUAAAUAAAGUUUCUUACAAAAUAAGUCAUUUAUUUUCAAUUCUUAGACAUUUUUUAUUUCUUCUCCUAAAUCUGUUUUCCUUCACUCUUCCCUUUUGACUGUUACACUAUUUUUGGCGAAUUGAUAAUCAUUGCAAAGAGAAAAAUGUGUUAUUUACACAAUGUCCAUAGAUAUUGGGAAUCUGUGCCAUACUUUGUUCCAAAUAGAAUCAGUUGACAGUUUAAGACCAACUCGUCUUGUAUUAAAUGUGACUUAAAUGCAAAGUAAACCUGUUUUCUAUAUAUGCAGUUUAAUGACAUCCUUGUAUUUUGUUGUCAUCUUGACUGUACUAAAGCCUAGCGUGGGCUACUGAACUUUUUUACUUCUGACUAAAUGUGACUGUUAGAUUAUAAGAUGCAUUUACUACAAAGACAAAUCAGAGUGACAGUAUGUAUUCAAAGCAAGCACAGCAGUGUUCAGUACGGCAGAAGAAAUUCCCAUUAGCCUGCAUGAUGGCUUAAUACUAGAUUUUGCCACCAUUGGUAUGAUGCUAAAAACUGAUAGUAUGAUGUUGGUUGGAUAAUUCUUGCAAAUUCCUACAGAAGAGAGGAUGUAUUUGUAUAGCCAAGUCUGUGCUUGUUCUGUGCUGCUGCUCCAUUUAUGCAAGAGGGGUUUUUUCUUUAACUGAUGCGUGGAAGUCAGCAGCUUCUUUUUACCCAGUGUUUUUCAAUUUUUGUAUUAUGCUAAUAUUUUGGUAAAAGCCGAGUUGCAGUUAAAUGUCACUGUCUGCACCAAAAUUCUGUUUGGAAACGUAUGCAUAUUGUUAAGCCUAGUUUCCCUGUCUGCUUUUGCAGAUAGAUGCAUGAUACCUGCUCUGUGAUGUUAAUGUGGUUCUGCUACAAGAAAUGACUAGGCUCAACAGGAGAGACACCCAUUAUUUUUGACAGGGUGAAAAUGUCACUAGGAAUAAACAGAUGUACGUACAGCAUUUGGGGAAUGAGGUGCACAUCUUGACAAGAGUUACCUCUUGUGAUAAACUAUUUCUCUAAAACUUAGGUUUAGGGUAUGGCUUUAUUAAGCCUAAUCCUCUCGUAAGUGCAGGCGGCUCCCAGAAAGAAAGGGUAGUUUUUUUUCUCCCCCGUUCCAAAGCAUUUGAUCUAGCAAUUCUGUGGCCAAAUUUCACUGUUUAGUGAAGCUGUAACACCUUUCAUCAUAUCAGAGGGCUAGGUUCAAGAAAAUAUGUCUGAUUUAUAUUCUAACUGUGCCUGAAGCUAUGAACAACACAUUUGAGUAUUAGACUGCACUGAGACUUCAUUCAAAAAAAUCAUAGACAGGAGAGUUUUGAAUAUGGAACUAAAUCAUCUUUUGUUUGAAUCAGCAUUUAGUAUCCCUGGAAAGACUGGGCAAAAUGGCUAGCACAGUGGAAAAGUUUCAGUGCAUCACAAGAGCAUUUUACAGUUCAAAGGACUGUUGUUUAUAAUCAUUAUGGGGGAUGGUGUUGCAAUAGCUUUAAAUUAUUAUAGCUAUAUCAGGCUAUCAAAAUGUACCUUAACAGAACUGGGGGGGAAGAGGACUAUGAUACUAAAUUCAACAGUUUUGCCUAGAGACUGUACAGGCAAGGCUGCUAUGCACUUCAUAUUGCUUUUUCAGGUAUUGUGGCAAUAAGGCACAGGCCCCUCCUAAAGUAAGGGAGGUAAACUAUAUAUUCUUUCUUCUACAUUGUGUUCCCCUUUUCUGUAGCAUGGUCCAAAACCCAGAUUCAUUCCUUAAGUUUUGAAACUGAAUCAUCAUGCAUUAUAUUACUAUUGGAAUCUUUAUACUGACUUGUAUUUUUAAUGAGAAUUCAUAAAACUUGUAUCAUUGGCAUUGAUCUAAGAUUUGUAGAAUAAACCCUACUGAAUUCUAAA